AUGCUUGAAGCAUGGACGACGCUAAGUGAAAGCGAGAUCGCAGACAGCGAACCAACGGACGGAACCGCGAGAAACACCAACGACAAAGACACAGAAGCACAGACGUACGAGGGGAGUGACACCUCGGAACUGUUGAAAGAAAACCAGCGACACGAGUUCCCAGAGAUCGAUUGGGAUAACAGAAGUUGGACUCUGGACGAAUCCGAGUCCCAGGAGCAAGAGGGACUAUCCCAGGAGACACGAAACCUCGUUCAAGGAACGAAGGGCUCCCAGGACCUCGAAUACGAACCUCCAUGCCCCGAACUGCACUACCAGGACCCAGAAUGGGCCGUCGAGAUAUUCAACCGAAUUGUCAGGAAGAACCCUACAUCAGAGGAGCAGUUAUGA